UGAUAGUAGUGUAAGGACAUGACACAAAACAGCUGCAUGCACAGCCAUUGUAAUGUGUCUGCUUGAUAAUUAAAAUGUGCACGUAAAAUAUUAAAAGAAACACAGCCUGUACAUUAUGCGGUGACAACACGUCAGCAUAGUCGAUAAUGACAGACAAUACGCGACUUGAUAACUAACUAAGCUCAUCCUGUCUAUUUGAAAUUUUGCUUGAGCGCGCGCAACGCUGCCCUGAAGCUUAAAGUGUUGGUGAAGCGCGGCCUUUAAACGUUCACCAACACUUAUUUAUCACGCAAUAUAUCGAGUGCGGUCACUAUUUAAUCGGCAAAACUUCACGCUAGAGCGGCGUGUUUCGCAUAUUUACGAAAAACAAUAGAAAUUACCUGAAUAAUGGAUGAUGAGGCGGAAACUUACAAGCUCUGGCGUAUACGCAAGACGAUCAUGCAACUGAGCCACGACCGUGGUUACCUUGUGACCCAGGAUGAAUUGGACCAGACUUUGGAACAGUUUAAAGAAAUGUUUGGCGACAAGCCAAGUGACAAACGUCCGUCGCGGUCCGACCUAAUCGUGUUGGUGGCCCACAAUGACGAUCCCACUGACCAGAUGUUUGUCUUCUUCCCCGAGGAACCCAAGAUUGGUAUCAAGACUAUCAAAACAUACUGCACCCGCAUGCAAGAGGAGAACAUCCACAGGGCCAUCGUCGUCGUGCAGGGCGGCAUGACGCCCUCUGCUAAGCAAUCGCUAGUGGAUAUGGCCCCUAAGUAUAUUCUAGAACAGUUUCUGGAGUCUGAGCUGCUGAUCAAUAUAACGGAGCAUGAGCUGGUGCCGGAGCAUGUGGUAAUGACAGCGGAGGACAAACAAGAACUUCUCAGCAGAUAUAAACUAAAGGAGAACAUGUUGAUGCGCAUACAGGCGGGUGACCCCGUGGCCCGCUACUUCGGCCUGAAGCGCGGCCAAGUUGUGAAAAUUAUACGUUCGUCUGAGACAGCGGGCAGAUAUAUAUCGUAUAGAUUAGUAUGCUGAGUGACUUUCGGUAAUAAAUGUCAUAAAAAUA